AUGGCAGAAAUGGAGAAAGAAGGGAGACCUCCGGAAAAUAAAAGAAGCAGGAAACCGGCUCACCCAGUGAAAAGGGAGAUCAAUGAGGAAAUGAAGAACUUUGCAGAAAACACCAUGAAUGAACUUCUUGGCUGGUAUGGCUAUGAUAAGGUUGAAUUGAAAGAUGGUGAAGAUAUUGAAUUUAGAAACUAUCCUACAGAUGGAGAGAGCCGGCAGCACAUUUCUGUUCUCAAAGAAAAUUCUUUGCCAAAACCAAAAUUACCUGAGGACAGUGUUAUUUCACCCUACAAUAUAAGCACAGGCUAUUCAGGGCUUGCCACAGGAAAUGGACUCAGUGACUCACCUGCAGGGUCAAAGGAUCAUGGCAAUGUGCCCAUUAUUGUACCUUUAAUUCCGCCACCUUUCAUAAAGCCGCCGGCAGAAGAUGAUGUGUCAAAUGUACAAAUAAUGUGUGCCUGGUGCCAGAAAGUGGGAAUCAAGCGCUAUUCCCUGAGUAUGGGAAGUGAGGUGAAAAGCUUCUGCAGCGAGAAGUGCUUUGCGGCCUGCCGACGAGCCUACUUCAAGAGAAAUAAGGCUAGAGAUGAAGAUGGACAUGCUGAAAAUUUUCCCCAGCAGCACUAUGCUAAGGAAACUCCAAGGCUUGCCUUCAAGAAUAACUGCGAACUACUUAUGGGGAAAUUAAAAUUCGGGGAUGUUACGUUCCUUGCCCUGGGAGAGAGGAAGGGAUCUAGUGAGCAGGCGCAGAGCCUAGAUUUGACCCACAUCUCUCUGACCUGUGCUCAGGCCAAGACACACUGCCACCUUCUCAAGGUAUGUGACUGGUGUAAGCACAUAAGACACACGAAAGAAUACCUGGAUUUUGGGGACGGGGAAAGAAGGCUUCAGUUCUGCAGUGCAAAAUGUCUCAAUCAGUACAAAAUGGACAUUUUCUACAAAGAGACACAGGCCAAUCUUCCAGCUGGGCUGUGCAGCACAUUACACACUCCCAUGGAAAAUAAAGCAGAAGGCACUGGGGUGCAGCUGCUCACUCCAGACUCUUGGAAUAUCCCUCUAACAGAUGCUCGCAGGAAGGCCCCCUCCCCGGCGGCUGCAGCUGGCCAAAGCCAGGGCCCUGGCCCAUCGGUGUCCACCACCGUCUCUCCAUCUGACACUGCCAACUGCUCUGUCACUAAAAUCCCUACGCCAGUGCCCAAGUCCAUGCCCAUUAGCGAGACUCCAAACAUCCCUCCUGUCUCCGUCCAGCCACCUGCUAGCAUCGGGCCUCCCCUCGGCGUCCCGCCUCGCAGCCCUCCCAUGGUGAUGACCAACCGCGGCCCGGUACCGCUGCCCAUCUUCAUGGAACAGCAGAUCAUGCAGCAGAUCCGCCCGCCCUUCAUUCGCGGACCGCCGCACCACGCCUCCAACCCUAACAGCCCUCUCUCCAACCCCAUGCUCCCCGGCAUCGGGCCCCCGCCCGGCGGCCCCAGGAACCUGGGCCCCACUUCCAGUCCCAUGCACCGGCCCAUGCUGUCGCCCCAUAUCCACCCCCCGAGCACCCCGACCAUGCCCGGGAACCCUCCGGGUCUGCUACCCCCGCCACCUCCGGGCGCGCCCUUGCCGAGUCUCCCCUUCCCGCCAGUGAGCAUGAUGCCAAAUGGCCCGAUGCCCGUGCCCCAGAUGAUGAAUUUCGGGCUGCCGUCGCUCGCCCCGCUGGUGCCGCCCCCCACCUUGCUCGUGCCAUACCCCGUGAUCGUUCCCCUGCCCGUGCCCAUCCCCAUCCCUAUUCCCAUCCCUCACAUCAAUGAUUCCAAACCCCCCAACGGAUUUUCCAGCAACGGGGAGAACUUCAUUCCGAGCGCCCCCGGCGAUUCCUCGGCGGCAGGAGGCAAGCCUGGCGGACACUCCCUGUCGCCCCGGGACUCCAAGCAGGGCUCGUCCAAGUCCGCGGACUCACCGCCCGGCUGCUCCGGCCAGGCCCUGAGCUUGGCGCCCGCGGAGCACGGCCGGAGCGAGGUGGUGGACCUGACGCGGCGCGCCGGCAGCCCCCCGGGCGCGGGCGGCCAGCUCGGCUUCCCCGGCGUGCUGCAGGGCCCGCAGGACGGUGUCAUCGACCUGACGGUGGGCCACCGGGCCCGGCUGCACAACGUGAUCCACCGCGCGCUGCACGCGCACGUCAAGGCGGAGCGCGAGCCGGGCGCCGCGGAGCGCAGGACCUGCGGCGGCUGCAGGGAUGGCCACUGCAGCCCGCCCGCCGCCGGCGACCCGGGCCCUGGCGCGCCCGCGGGCCCCGAGGCCGCCGCGGCCUGCAAUGUCAUUGUGAACGGCACGCGCGGCGCCGCCGCCGAGGGCGCCAAGGGCGCGGAGCCGCCGCCCGAGCAGCCCCAGCCACCGCCGCCUCCCGCGCCCCCCAAGAAGCUGCUGUCGCCGGAGGAGCCCGCGGUGAGCGAGCUGGAGUCCGUCAAAGAGAACAACUGUGCUUCCAACUGCCACCUGGACGGGGAGGCGGCCAAAAAGCUGAUAGGGGAGGAGGCCCUGGCGGGAGGCGACAAGUCAGACCCGAACCUUAAUAACCCCGCGGACGAGGACCACGCGUAUGCUCUGCGUAUGCUGCCCAAGACGGGCUGCGUGAUCCAGCCUGUGCCAAAACCCGCGGAGAAGACUGCCAUGGCGCCGUGCAUCAUCUCCUCGCCCAUGCUCAGCGCCGGGCCCGAGGACCUGGAGCCUCCGCUCAAAAGGAGGUGCCUCCGAAUUAGAAAUCAGAAUAAGUAAAAGGAACGCUCGCUCACAGGGUACCUUGCAUGGAGAGAGGGCGCAGAGCAAACCAUGUCUCGCCAUCCAGUGACACCAGCUGGUCAGCUCACCACCCCCUCUGGCUAAAACUCAAGCAAAUAAAGCCGCUUCCUGUCAUUAAGCAUCUCAGAGGAAGCAGCCUUCCCUCGGUGGCCUCUAGCCCAGAGAAGCCAGCACGUCUUGGACCCACCAAGCGGGCCCAGCCUUCCUGCUGCCACCAUCUCUGCUUCUCCCCAGAGGAACUUAGGGAUUUUGCCCCUGGUUUAAAAGAAAAAAAAAAAAAAACAAAAACGACAAAACACCAACAAGCCACAAGGACCAACGUAGGUAUUCUCCCUGCCCCAUCUUCAAGGCUCAGAGGGUGAGGCUGGAAGAUGAUACAGAUUUGAAAACAAAAAUCUUUUUUUAAUCUUUUUAAAAACUGCUGUGGUUUUGCUGCUACACGAAGAAUUGUGAUUUGCAUUGUACGGUUUUGGACCUAUACUGUUCACGUUUUGACGGCGGAGAGGGAUCAUACUGGAGUCCCAUUGCUUCAGAUUCAUCUCUGUCCUGCCCAGGAUGCACUUUUAAAUGAAGAGUUAGAAUAUUUUAUUGGCUAAUAUACUUUUCUUGUUAUUUUUACAAAGGCCACCUUUAUCCUUUUUAAUGCCAUAUUUUCAGUGUUACACUUUUAUGGCUUUUAAUUUUCGAUCUGACAGAUGUAAGAAGCAGCAUGAAUAGUUUAUACUGUGGUUUUUCAGAGACUGAAUGCCAAGAGAACUCGGUAAAUGUUUAUUCUUCUCAGCUUUCUCCUUAAAUUCCCUUAAAUAGCGCCCCAUUUGGGAACAGAGCAAGAGUGUUGAACUGAAGACCAAAAUGCCCUCAAGGUGUAAAAUAAUCCGAGGGGGAAUAUUUGCUGGGCGUCACGAAAGACUUGGAUGAAAUUUCAACCCUGAUGGCUUUCGGUGAUCCAGGAAGUCAGUGAAGCAAUCUCUCUAUACGCAGAGCCCUUUCAUGAUAAUUAGAAUGGUAUGGACAAACCAAUGAAAACAGGAGGGAAAGUGAGAAAGCUCACCCAUGAUUCUGUUUCACUGUUUGCUUUCUCCUGUCAUGGUUAAGAGAAAUGUGCAAUUCGAUCCUCAAUCAGUGGUUGGAGGAUAACAGGGUAGAUUUUCUUGUGUGCACUUGUACAGUUGUAGCUGCGAGUCCAGAAGUCCUCUAGAGCAUGUGUACUGGCACUGAGUUGGUGAGACAGUCGUGGAGUACCCCAUUCUGAUG